AUGCUGAAUUAAGGCAGUUUGGAAGAUCGUUUAUAUAGAUUAAGAAGAACAAAGGACCGAGAAUACUACCCUGUGGGACUCCGCAUCUUAGUUCGCUUGCACUGGCGGUAGAGAAAAAGUCUGGAUCCGCGGCUGUAUCAUGUUGGCAGCGCCAUGGGAAGCAGGGUAGCUCGGCUGCCAAGUAGGCGGGGGAUUUACGCUUUGACUGAUUACCUGUGGCGUUGGUACAGCUGGAUCAGCACCAUGGGAAGCAGGGUAGCUCGGCUGCCAAGUAGGCGGGGGAUUUAUGCUUUGACUGAGUGCCUGUAGCGUUGGAAAACCUGGACCCUUUGAUUUAGUUGCCUUCUUUUUCCGCGAAGGUGGUUUGUGUGAGGAACCUGCAUCAACGAGCAGCCCUUCAGGAGAGGAAAACAUGUCCCUCCCUGUUGACUUCGCUCUCCUCACUUCUGCUUCAUGUUGUUUACGUGCGCGGUCAGCAAACGAAGGACCCUUUUCUCCGGGUGUAGCGCCGGUCAAGUAAGCUUUGAUCUCCACGUCAAGCAGCAAAGCGUCUCGUGUGUCUGCUUGACACGCGUCUAGCAGAGACAAAUUUUGGCGGUCUCGGUGAGCCCAACCAGUGUGAAUCACUUCAGCUUGGUUCAUUUGCGGUGCAUUGGGGUUGGUGAACGCGCGGAAAAUGAACCCACGUCGCUCAUGCCACCACGAUACCCAGUCUGUCAGGAAAGCCCUGCCAUCGUCGGCCGCAAUAAAUAAGUCCAAAUCAGACUUGGCGGCCUGGUAUCUAGCAACAGUUGUGCACAGUAACAGCCUGUCACACAGUUGUUUAAACUCGUCAUUGCUCUUACUGUCUAGUUUUUGAGCUUUUUUGUUUCUGCGGUCUUUAAAGUGGAACUUACACGAUUUAAUUUCGGCUUCAUCCCCAAAAACCUUUGAAAUUCCGGCUAAAUUAUCACAUGCUUAGGCAAUACAAGAGAUGGAAAUUUCUUAAAGGGAAGUACCGGAUGUUUUCUCGAAAUUGACUCUUUCUCAAAUCUAAAACUUUAAAGAAAAAAUGCACAUGCAUUGUAUUCUAUCUUAAAUCGAAUCUUAAAUGUCUUACAGUUAAAGAAAAUUAUUAGAGCUGAGAUCCUGCUUCAAAGUUCUCAGUCAACAGUUUAAUGGCAUUAUGAUAUUUAUUGAACUUCCUGUCACGCUUCUUUCCUUUGGUUGCUUUAUUUGGGAAUUUUAGGUUUUAAAUUGAAAAAAAUUCAGAAAUAAUUGUGGAGGAUUUUUCGACCCUCGACCAUUUACCCUCGACCCUCGACUAGUUACCCUCCACCCUCAACCCGCGACCAAAAGGCAAACUCCAAAAAAUGCUUUGCAUUAUUGUGCCCAAUCGGCGAACACAUCUCAAUGAGUUCUUUUCGUGUGUCCGUACAUGACUGCUAUUGUCUCGAUCACGGCUUGUCUAGCUCAUGCACCAAAGAAAUGCACGCAGUCAGGAAACUUUCAGUUUGAUGUAAAAUCCACAUCUGAUCCAACUCGCUUACUUGUCAAAGGCAAGCGAACUCUUCUGGAGCUGAAUUUCUAUCAACCAUGUCCAAGUUCAUGAAGAGAAUGAAUUUUGUUGUUGCUUGUUUACGUCCUUCACAAAACAUGAAAUUAGGCAUUUGCACGGGCAGUCGUGCAGUUGACGGUAAAGAAGUGUACAAAAAAGCGUGAUGCACGUGCAAAGUUGCUGUUCUCCCUUGUCAAGCUCUUACUUAUUUGACUUUCUCGUCGCCGCCGCAUCUUAAUUGUGAUCCGUCAAAAACAGAAUAUUCUCGGGGCAAUGCUGAUAGUAACCCAAACGUUUUUUCAACUCAUCGGUAGUUCCUUUGUUUCUGGUUAGGAAAGUAGAAAAUACGUACGUACGUACGCACGUGUGUACGCCCAGGCUUGGUGAACGAACCUGGCAAGUGUGGCGAGACAAUAGCCGUCGAGUGCGAACUCACGAAAAAAACUCAGGAGAAACCGUCCGCCGAUUGGGCACAAUAAUACAAGGCAUUUUUUGUGCCCAAUCAGGAGCCGGUAUCCGCUUGAAUUUUUGGAAAUAAAUCGGUGAGAGUCGGUACUCAGGGGCUCUUCCGCCCUUACUUGAAAACUCUCGUCCCCCCUUUUUUCCCGACCAGACUCACUUCCCCUGGGUCUCCGAGGACGCAGAUACAUGGGAUACGAACCCACGUACAUACGCUUGGAGGCUGCUUCCGACGAUGGUAAAUCGUCUUCUGAGUCAGAGAUGCUUUUCAGGGGUGAGUUGAUCGGUGAGAUAGGCGGCGUGGGCUGUCUCUCACUUUGGCGAGCAUGGCAAUAACUGAGUUAUCGUCAAUGGUAGCCAUAGAGUUCUGAAUUUGCGUGUUCUUUUGUUAGCGGUAAGCAAUAGACGCUAACUGAACGCAUGCAAAUUUGCGUUAGGACGUUUGUUAAAACUUCAUAAUUGUCUUUUUUAUAUACGUAAUCAAUUCGAAAGUUCCUUUAAAAAAAGUCAACAAUAAAGGCGAGCCUAAUUUAGAAUUUAGCAGAAAUCGUGAGACUCAGUUAGUGGAGUGAAGUUCACACGGUGGAUAUUGUAGUUUUUUAAGUCAAAGUGUAAUCAUAUUGUCACUCCGCCUUAACUGUGUAUAACUCCCACAGUGUUGUUAAUCAAGUGAAGAGAUUUAGGCUCUAACAAUAAAUGGUAGCCAUAGAGUCUUGAAAGGAACUUUUUAAAUAGCAAGACCGGUUUCGGAAAUCUAAGAUGGUUUCCUUCGUCAGUUGCUUUAACAGUUAGUGCUCGUGUGGUUGCGGGCAAAAGAAAGUGAUCUUAUGGCUUGAAAUGGUCCCUUUUUAUAAGCAAAGAAGGGACGCGUUGUUAGAGAAAGUAAUUAGAAAUGUAACAUUUCGAUCCGUUACGCUUGAAUUUGCGUGUUCUUUUGUUACCUGUAAGCAGUAGACUCUAACUGAACGCAUGCAAUCCUGCUAUUCCGAAUUUCAAAAAGAUUCUAAUGAAACACUGGCACAUUAUUACAAGCAAUAACACGCUCGCGCAAAUAUAUCCUAACACCCCAAUUGCUGCUUAUCGGAGGGAAAAAUCUCUAAAGGAUUCUCAUGUUAGAGCUAAAAUUCCUUCACUUAAACUGACAACAUUAAAGGAACUAUACACAGUAAGGGUCGAGUGACAAUAUUAAUAUAUAUCAAUUAUUCACCGAAGUAGAAGUGGUUAGUCGUUACAUUUACCGAGCCGCAAAGCGGCCACAGUUAAUUGAGCAGAAAAUGAUGAUUUUUAACUCAUUUACUGUUGCUAACGAUUACAUUUUUGGCGCGCAAUGACCGAACGGCGGUCGCGUUUUCUUGGAGACAAAUAAAAUUAUUGAAGGCAUUUGUUUAGCUCCUUCCGGGAAAUUUAGUCAAAAGAAGUUGUGAAUUCUCUUUGUAUUUAAAACCAUUCUGUAAAAAAACACUAUUUAAUUAAUUUACUCUUGAGCUUAUUUAUGAACAAUUCCGCUAAAUAAAGUAACGAAAGACUUAAGCUUAAUUUGCAUUUGUAAACAAAAAACAUCGAUAAAUUCAAGUCAAGCAGACAAAAAUUUACCUGUUAAAACUUCCAAACCGACUUUUGUCACCUUCUUUUUGUAUUUCGGGAACAGCUUGUUUGAUUAUUUGUGAAAUUUCUUUUCACAAGAUGACGAUACAAAACCCUGUCAGGAUCAGCUAUCGGUAAACAAGUUUCCAGAUGCUGCAUAAAUUUUCCGCAUAAACUCGCCUGUCAAAUUUGGACCAAUCAUAGCAUAAAAAUUGGACGCAGAGCGUGACCAACGCGUGACCGUGGCGAGAAAAGUCAAAAGCAACUGCCUUCCGCGCCUGUAAUAGCUGGCUACUGAAUUUUCGCGUCCGAGGUCAGUUUGAAAUCAAAAUUUUGAUGGUGCGGCUCAUAAACGCUCAUAAAAACACAACUUAUUUCCCAUGCAUUUAAAUUAUCAAACUUGAGCCUGCGCUCAUUUGAAAACUAGCACCUUGUCAGGGGAUAACUUCAAAAAACUACUAGACCACGAUGGACACCUGAGCCUGCAAUACGGUCAGGUGAUACUAGUCAGUGGAUACCCUGUUUUGACAACUGUCAAUUGAUCACAACAUGGAUGUGCAAUAUCAGGUUGACCUGGGCUCUCAAAGUAGUUAGAAAGUGUGAGAUUAAACAUUGGUUUCCCUGUGGUGCGGACGGACGGUCGUUCGGGUGGUCGGUGUACAGUCACAUGAUUGCCAAAUUUUCUGGGAUGGAUAGAUUUUUUUACGCAUGGUGCUCCGCUGCCCGAGUUUUGCGUGCGAGAGAGUUCCGCUAUUACACCUCGCGUUUUUUCCAGCUGUCAUCAUAUUCAUGAACAGCAAUACCCAAUUUCUGGACAAUUUCAAACAAUCCACCGGCGGACUAAAAUUAGUUUGAAAAGGUAAAUUCCUGGUACGGUGAGCAGGACCCUUCAAAAAAGCUCAUGCUCGUUACAUGUGCAUAUGUUUACGUUGCAGCUGA